AGACCUGCACACUCCUCUCAAAUCCACCUCUCUUACCUACACACUCCCCUCCCUACACACUCCCCUCAAAUCCACCUCCUUUACCUACACACUCCCCUCAAAUCCACCUCCCUUAUCUACACACUCCCCUCAAAUCCACCUCCCUUACCUACACACUCCCCUCAAAUCCACCUCCCUUACCUACACACUCCCCUCCCUACACACUCCCUUCAAAUCCACCUCCCUUACCUACACACUCCCUUCAAAUCCACCUCCAUUACCUACACACUCCCCUUAAAUCCACCUCCAUUACUUACACACUCCCCUCAAAUCCACCUCCAUUACCUACACACUCCCCUCAAAUCCACCUCCAUUACCUUACACUCUCACCUCAAAUCCACCUCCAUUACCUACACACUCCCUUCAAAUCCACCUCCCUUACCUACACACUCCCCUCAAAUCCACCUCUAUUACCUUACACAUUCAACUCAAAACCACCUCUAUUACACUCUCAACUCAAAUCCACCUCUAUUACCUGCACACUCAUCUCAAAUCCACCUCUAUUACCUGCACACUCACCUCAAAUCCACCUCUAUUACCUGCACACUCACCUCAAAUCCACCUCUAUUAUCUGCAGAUUGUUUUGAGGUAUUACUAUUCACACACAAAUUACUUUAUCUAGAUCAAAUAAUUAAACCAUGUCAUACAUGUAAGAGUGAAAGGGAUGUAAUGGUCUGA